AUGGCGGCCAUAGUCGACAACCAGUACAACUUCGCCUGCUCAUCCUCUGCUCCUUUCAAACUCACCACCUUCAAGCCGUUGGUGCAAUCCCACCUGAAAAAGAUAUACGACUCUCUACGUCCGCCUACCUCCAACUCCGACCCAGAGGAAUCAUCUGCACACUUUCUACACGUCGUUCAGCAAGAAAAAAACUCUGAUCUGCAACAUGCUGGCGCCAGUAGCGCCGACGAUGCCACCUCUACGCCUGUACUCACCAACUUGGAGUCAUUCAUGGAUUACAUGUCCACUUCAACUGCGAUACCUCAAGGAGAAAAGAAGGAGGAUUUAUCUCUGCCAAUUACUAAUUACUUCAUAAGCUCGAGCCAUAAUACGUAUUUAACAGGCAAUCAGUUGUACAGCGAAGCCAGCACUGAGGUCUAUAAGGAUGUUCUCCUAAGGGGCUGUAGAUGUCUGGAAAUUGAUGUAUGGGAUGGCGAGGCUUCCCCGGCCGACUCUUCUGACAAUGACGAUGACGAUACUAAGAAAAAGAAAAAAAGUGACGAUAAUUUGUCCCGGGCGGAUAGUAAAAGUCGCUUCAACCUCUCUUCUCUCUCGGAUCGCCUGGAUCGACUAAAGAAGGAUACAUCUACAAGUGUGACGGCUGCGGCGCCAUUGCAAGCGACGGCUGUGGCUGCAGCUGUCCCGCCCCGACCCGAACCCCGAGUGCUGCAUGGCUACACCCUGACGAAGGAAGUCACUUUUCGCGAUGUAUGCUAUGCAAUACGCGACAGCGCAUUCGUUACUAGUGAUUUGCCAGUGAUUGUAAGUUUAGAGGUUCAUGCUGGUCUUGAGCAGCAGGAGACAAUGGUCGAGAUUAUGACAGAAGCCUGGAAAGGCUUACUUGUCGAUUUUACCUCAGAACUGGCUUCUGAACUGGAGAGUGAUGAUUAUAAGUAUCUUCCCACCCUCGAUUCCUUGAAGCGUAAGCUUUUGAUCAAAGUGAAGUGGGCUUCUGGCCAAUUGAAGUCAGAAUCUGGCACAUCCAUCGCGGAAACGCCUUGCCCAGAGACUGGCGCAGCAGGUGACAGCAAAAAUCAAGCAGCCCAGGCUCAGAAAAAAAAGCCUGCCAAAAUUCUGCCCGCACUGAGCCGCCUUGGCAUAUACACUCGCGGAUAUACUUUCACAGAGUUCAAGCAGCCUGAGGCAGCACUUCCGACCCACAUAUUCUCUCUUUCAGAGGCAGCAGUGAAAUAUGCGCAUGAGAAUGAGCGCAAGGCCCUUUUUGACCAUAAUAGAAAUUAUAUGAUGCGCGCUUACCCAUCGGGAAUUCGGGUGGACUCCUCGAACCUUGACCCUUCUUUUUUCUGGCGCCAAGGCAUUCAGAUCGUGGCAUUGAAUUGGCAAAAUUGUGACAAGGGAAUGAUGCUCAAUAAAGGAAUGUUUGCGCGUUCCAAGGGUUGGGUAAUGAAGCCUGAAGAAUAUCGAGGAGAUUCAUGGACAGAAACACAAAGCCCCAGUGGAAGCCGUAUAUCGAACCAUCGUCAUACCGUACAUCUAUCUAUUCAGAUCUUCGCGGGUCAAAACAUCCCGCUACCGAAAGGAGAUGAUCACGAUAGAAGCUUUCGCCCAUACGUUGUGGGCGAGCUCCACGUUGAACGGCCGAAGGACAGCAUCCAUUCGAAUGGCAACGAUGAUGGCGCGAGUGUAAAAUAUAAGCGUCGUACCACAACCUGCAAUAGCGCUGAUCCCGACUUUGGCGGCCAGACAAUCCAGUUUCCGAGCGCCUCGGGGGUUAUUGAACAAUUAAGCUUUUUAAGAAUCAAAGUAAAAGACGACGAGUUUGGAAAAGACGAUUUAGCCGCUUGGGCAUGCCUUAGGCUGGACAAUAUAAGACAAGGGUUCCGGUUCAUCCGGUUGUUUAAUACAAAAGGCUCACCGACGUCGGGAGUCAUUUUGGUGAAUAUCUCGAAGGAAAUUAUCUGA